UUGCGUCGUUACAACCGAGACAGCACUGGUGGACAUUCAGUAGCGUCUUCACGCAUGCAGUAACGUGAAUAAUAGUAACUUAAUUCGUUGCAAAGUAAUUGGUUUGACUAGAAGCCCUUGCUUCACAGUGGAAACGUAAUCAUCUCUCAAGCAAGCAAGGUUGAUUCAUUUUCAUAAAAACAUUCGUGCUGUUCCCACCACAACGAUUCAGCUCUCGAGUAGUGUAGUGUCUUGCUCUGUUACACUCUUGGAUCGACUCUAUUGCUAUCUCCAACAUUUGACAACAGACCGACGGACUGAAGGUGGACCAAGGUGUACGGGAGGUCUUUUGCGAUGUCUGGUUAUACUGCUUUGUUUUUGGGUGUUUUCACGUCGUUUUUGGUGCCAUGGACGGUGCUUUCCGAGGUCCACUCGGUUGUUCUAGACAGCCUUACUGGAAAACUGUCCCUCGAGCCAGGAUUUCGAGCUGACUUCGUUGCAUGGGCGAAUUUUACCGAUGACAUACAUAACACGGGGUGGGCCUACCUACAAGUGACAACCAGCGGUACCUACAACGACAGCCUACAAGCUUAUGCAGCCGGUGUCGUGGAGGCUGCCGCAACGGCUGACCUCCUCUACAAACACUGGAUGAACACAAUGGUGGGCUACUGUGGACCGUUCAAGUACGAAAGUGGGUACUGCCAGCGGCUCAGGGACUAUAUCCUUACCAACCUGCAGUGGAUGUGGCAGCAAAUGGAGAAGGGAGAAGACUCGGAAUACUGGCACCAGAUCCGCUUGGCCUUGCUGCAGCUGAAGGGGCUAGAGGACAGCUAUAAUGACCAGGUGACCUUCCCCAGUGGCCCCUUCUCAGUCAACCCAUUUGGCUUCUUGCUGUUUCAGAUGGGUGGUGACCUGGAGGACCUGGAGUCAGCCCUCAAUAAAACAACUCAGUCGCGAACUCUGGGCUCAGGCUCGUGCUCUGCCCUCAUCAAGCUGUUGCCGGGUAACAAGGAACUGCUGGUCUCCCAUGACACAUGGAACAACUACCAGUCUAUGCUGAGGAUCAUAAAGAAAUACUCCUUUGCCUACAGGAUGACCCCUGAAGGUAACACCCCUAUUCCUGGAGGGACCCAGGUUUUCUCUUCUUACCCAGGCUCCAUCUUCUCAGGAGAUGACUUCUACAUUCUGAGCAGUGGGUUGGUUACCCUGGAGACCACCAUUGGCAAUAGCAAUGCUGCCCUGUGGAAGUUUGUCACCCCAAAAGGGACAGUUAUGGAGUGGCUGAGAAAUAUUGUUGCCAAUCGACUUGCUGAAGGUGGCAAGGACUGGGCUGCCUAUUUCACCAAGUACAACAGUGGGACGUACAAUAACCAGUGGAUGAUUGUUGACUACAAACACUUCACUCCAGGAAAGUCAGACAUCCAAGACCAGCUUUUCACAGUUUUGGAGCAGAUUCCUGGUUUGAUUGUGUCUGAGGAUAAGACCAAAGAGUUACUUCAGACAGGAUACUGGGCCAGUUACAACAUUCCAUACUAUGAGGAAAUCUUUAAUGCCAGUGGCUGUCCUGAGCUAGUCCAGAAGUAUGGAGACUGGUUCUCCUUUGACAUGAACCCACGGGCCCAAAUCUUCCGCCGCAACCAUAGCCUGGUCACUGACAUGGAGUCUAUGAUCCGCCUCAUGAGAUACAAUAACUUCAAGGAGGAUCCUCUGUCCAAGUGCCAAGGCUGUGACCCUCCCUUCAAUGGUGAAAAUACCAUUUCUGCCCGCUCUGACCUCAACCCUAGCAAUGGCACAUACCCCUUUGGUGCCCUGAAGCAGAGACCACAUGGGGGCACAGAUAUGAAGGUGACGUCGUAUGCUUUGUUCAGGGACUACCAGCUCUUUGCAGCGAGUGGGCCCACCUGGGAUCAAGUGCCUCCUUUCCAGUGGAGCAAAUCCCCGUAUAGUGGGCUGCUUCAUAUGGGACAUCCUGACCUCUGGGCCUUCCCCACUGUUUCAGUCCGCUGGGGUUGAACUGUCCCAUGCCCCACUGGUUCCAUCAGCACCACAGGUCUCUCCACUGUGAGGGCUAGGUCACAUCAGGAGCUCAAGAAACCUUGAUCACAUUUGGAGAGAACGCACAUAAUAGAAUAGGGAGAAUUAAAGCCCAGAAACACAAAGUUGGAGACUGAUGAAUUAGUUGGAAUUUUUUAUGGAUAACACAUAGCAGGCUGGGAUUUACUGCACAGUGUUGAAAAAUGUUCUGCUUUUUAUUGAUUCUUAAUUUUGCAUCCUAAAUACUGUAAAAUAUGCAAGGACGAUUUUGUAAUGACCGUGCCUCUAAUGACUGCACUGUUCAUUUUAGCAAUAUAUUAAAUGUCACCUGAAGUUGGCUGCUAUUAAAAAAGGGGUUUUUUCAGGUGCUUUCCAAAUGGUGGCAGUAAGUCAAGAUGCUUGUGCAGGCCUUAUC